CUCCAUCUAUUCCUUGCUCCACCUGAUUUUCCACAAGGUUCUUCUGUUCUUCUCUUCUUCAUACAUCCAAUUCCUCUUUAGAACUCGUCUUUGCUUCUUCUCUAGAACUUUCUUCACCCCAAUCCGCCAAAAUGCCCGAGAUCAACACCCUCCUGUUCGAUUGCGACAACACCCUCGUCCUCUCUGAGGAGCUUGCCUUCGAGGCUUGCGCGGGUCUCAUUAACGAGAUCUGCGAGGCUCGUCAGGUCGAGAUGCGCUUCACUGGCGAGACCCUCAUCAAGGAGUUCGUCGGUCAGAACUUCCGCGGCAUGCUCACCACCCUCCAGAAGAACUACAACAUCGAGAUCUCACCCGAGGACAUGGAGACCUAUGUUCGAAAAGAGGAGGACGCCGUCAUUGCCAAGCUCAAGGAAUCUCUCCGACCUUGCGUUGGUGUUGAUGAGCAGCUCGAGAAGCUUGCCGCUUCUGGCAAGUACACUAUGUCCGUGGUUUCUUCUUCUGCCCUCCGCCGUGUCCGUGCCUCCAUCGAGAAGGUCGGUCAGGACAAGUACUUCCAGGGCGAUGUUGUCUUCUCUGCCGCCACAAGUCUCGAGAAGCCCACCAGCAAGCCUGAUCCCGCUAUCUACCUCCACGCUCUAGAGAAACUUGGCAAGAAGGCCGAGGAGGCUGUCGCUAUUGAGGACAGCAAGAGCGGCACCCUUAGCGGUACUCGUGCCGGUAUCAAGGUCAUUGGUUAUGUUGGCCCUUAUGCUGAGGACAAGCAGCCCGAGAUGGAGAAUACUUUGCGGGAUGCUGGUGCCGUUGUCAUCAUGCGACACUGGUCCGAGUUCCCUGCUGCUCUGCAGAAGAUUGAGGCUGGUGAGGUCUAAAGAAACGAGCUUUGUUAUUGAAAUUGCUUUGAGGAAUACCCAAAAUACAUAUCGGUCAAAUAGCGAAAGAGAUGGAGCAAAUCACCUAGAUCAAUUGAACUAAUAAACUUUACGAA